AUGAAGAUCACCACUGCUCUUGCGCUGAGCGCAACGGCAUCGGGCGUGUUGGGAGCUGUGCUUCCCCAGCAGGAACCAUUGACUGGUCACACAGUUCACGUCCACCAUGAACCCGAGAAAUUCCUCAUCGAGCUGGCUCCGUAUCAAACCAGAUGGGUGACCGAAGAGGAGAAAUGGGCUCUCAAAUUGGAUGGCGUCAACUUCAUCGAUGUCACCGAAGCGCGCAACACAGGAACAUACCCCUCCGUCAUCCGUACAACCAACACAGUCCGUUACCCAGGGAAGAUGGAACACCGCGAGAACGUCACCCAGCUAGCCCGGGGUCUCUCGAGGCAGAACAUGGAGCAGAACCUGAAGCGCUUUACAUCCUUCCACACGCGCUACUACAAGUCGUCGACGGGUGUGGAGUCCGCGACAUGGUUGUACGAGCAGGUCGCCGGCAUCGUCACGCAGUCUGGAGCCGACAAGCAUGGCGCUACGGUAGUGCAAUUCGCUCAUCCCUGGGGCCAAUCGAGUGUUAUUGCGAGGAUUCCUGGUCGCAGUGAGAAAACGGUCGUCGUCAGCGCUCACCAGGACAGUAUUAACUUGUUCUUGCCGUCGAUUCUGGCUGCGCCGGGUGCGGAUGAUGAUGGGAGCGGGACGGUGACCAUUCUAGAGACUCUGCGGGCGCUGCUGCACUCUGAGGAUGUUGUGAGUGGCAAGGCGCCUAAUACGGUCGAGUUUCACUGGUAUUCGGGUGAGGAGGGGGGUUUGCUGGGCUCCCAGGAGGUUUGGGCGCAGUACAGACAGGACCGCAGGGAUGUCAAGGCUAUGCUACAGCAAGACAUGACUGGUUACGUUCAGGGAACGUUGGAUGCUGGUCGCGAGGAGGCCAUCGGAGUUAUCGUGGACUUUGUCGACCAGGAUCUUACGCGCUUCAUCAAGGAUGUCAUCACUACAUACUGUGAGAUCCCCUUCGUCGAGACCAAGUGCGGUUACGCCUGCUCCGACCACGCCUCAGCCAGCAGACAGGGAUACCCUGCUGCGAUGGCUAUCGAGGGUGAAAUGGAGAACACAAACAAGAAGAUCCACACGACUGAUGACCAGAUCAAGUACCUGAGCUUCGAUCACAUGCGUCAACAUGCUACAAUGGCAUUAGGCUUUGUCUACGAACUGGCUUUUGCGCCGUUUUAA